CGAAGCUCAUCUGCGGCUGGCUGGGGCAGGAACGAUGAGCGAAUCCCCACGUCAGGAAACAUCCCCUUCACUUCCCUCUCGGCUGGUCUUCACAUCGCCUUCCCUCUCAACACACACACACACACUGACGAUCGGCCUGGUAAUCAAUUGAUCAUCUCACCGGUGAUACGUCCAAUGGUCAUCAUCAGCAUCCAUGUGCUACCCCAUACCUAUCGAACCCUCCCGUGCUCUUUCCUUGUUACCCGGGCCUAGUAGGUAUCGCAGUCAUGAAUUCAAUUGCUUGGAGGCAGGUUGGUUGGUGAUUGUCUCACGUACCUAGGUACACACUACUCCUACUCACUCACUCUUGUCACAUCUCUUUCUCCCUUCUCAUCCUCAGAUAUCCCUCUCCCGUCACAUCACAACACAACACAUCGACGGACCACCACCUUCAUCAUGCCCAUGGCGAUCCCCAAAGAAGAGGCCAAGGUCUCCACCAAGCCAUCCUACAAGACCAGCAUCCCCACCGUCCCCGUCACCCAACAACGUCCGUUGCACAUCCCCUCCAAGGACUCUCCCCUCGCCGACCCCAGCGUCGCCCGCGCGAACGCCGCCGCCACCGCCGACGCCCCGGACGGCACCACCGAGGACGACCACGCGGCCCGACACGCCGACCAGACCGUCCUCCAACAGCACUGCGCCUACUGGGACAAGGACGCCGACGGCAUCAUCUGGCCCUGGGACACGUACCGCGGCGUCCGCGCCUGGGGCUGGGCCGUCCCCUUGGCCCUGCUGGCCAUGUUCAUCAUCCACGGCGCGCUCAGCUACAUGACCCUGCCGGGCCUCCUCCCGGAUCCCUUCUUCCGCAUCUAUCUGGACAAGAUCCACAAGGACAAGCACGGCAGUGACUCGGGGUCCUAUGACAACGAGGGCCGCUUCCGCCCGCAGAACUACGAGGAGAUCUUCACCAAGUAUGACCGGGGCGACAAGGGCGGUUUGACGACGGGCGACAUCUGGAGGAUGCUGUCCGGUCAGCGGUUGGCGGUGGAUCCAUUCGGGUGGACCGCGUCCGCGUUGGAAUGGUAUGCGCUUUACAUGCUCUGCUGGCCCGAAGAUGCCAUCAUGCGCAAGGAGGACGUCCGUCGUGCGUUCGAUGGCAGCAUCUUCCAAUUCAAGGCCGAUGAGCACGCGAGGAGGACGAAGCGCGCUUGAGCAAUUCGAUGUGCUCUGCGGAGUCAUACCACGCAGGGAGAGUGCACUUCACUUUCCGGUCCGUGACGAGAGCUGUUGAUCAAUUGCAUGUUCCUUCGAAAGCAUCAAUAUUGUCCUUUUAACUCUCGAUUGCCAUUAUCGUUUGAUGUGCUACGUUUUUCUUUCGGCCAUUGCAGCAUUAUAUACAUAGACGGAGGCCCAAUACUGUGAUCUCCAAGCUUAGAAAAGUCGCGAAUACAUCAGUGAUCACGAUGGGGAUUUUUG